UAAAGGGCCAAACAUGAAGGAAGAAAACACUCUUUCAGGAAAGCUAUUCAGGUGGAACCCUAACUUGUACAUGUAAUUUGUAGUGAUUCAUCUAGCACCAUGGUAAAACAAUAGAUUCGGUACACACUACAGGCGUGCGAUAACAACCUGUCAUUCAUGAAACUCGGUCGGUGGUAUUGACCGUUACCAAGCACCAGAGAAUGUAAACAACAUGGCGGCGCACGCAUGACCAACCCACGCAGUUGCUUGACAUUUAUUGAUAGGAUGCUGUAAAGUUAGGGGUGUGUUCAGCCUCCUGUUAAUCGUGACAAUACCUGUGCGUAUUCUACAUUUGAGUUCACUUGGUAGACUUGUGUGAUUACGUAUAUUCACGGAAGGAUCGUAAACAUGCAUUUUCAGGAUCUCUUCGAUAUGGACACACCGACACGUAAUUUGUCGUACUGUUCGGUUUGAAUAUAUCGCUAGAGUAUACCCAGCAUAUUUGGAAAAAUAUCUCAGUCAUUUAUUUCAAGUGUUCACGACUUAGUGCAAGGACAUUGCACCCAAAAUGAGCAGAGUUGCAGUUCCUCCUAACUCCUCUUACAGAGAUACAUCUCCAUCAAAACUACCUCACUACACACCAAUAGGGAUGAGUCGAAAACAGUUUAACAAACAGCCUUCGAAGCUGGAAAUGCUACAAGCAGACUUUCAGUCAAAAUUGCUCCGUGAAAAAGAAGAGAAAAUGAUAAGGAUGUAUGAAGAUCAACAGAGACGGGCGUUGUCAAAAGUUGGUCAGCGCCAGAAUAGUGGAAACAGUUCCACAGGAGGUCCGUCUGCUCGACAGUUCUUUCAGCAGAGACGUCAGCUGGAACAACAGGGGUAUAACUCUCCUCCAAUUGACGAACACUAUCGUAUGAUGAGGAGAGGGUACUCAUCAGGGGGUUACAGCAGUGCUAGUAGUCAUGCAUCAAACUCCUCAUCAAGGCAUGGCAAAAAUAGUGCGGGGAAGGACAGAGCUAACUUGUUACAGCCCCUUAAUGACAAAAAAACACCCCCCGUGCCAACCAAAGCUAGAAUUGCUAGACAAAGGCCGAAUGCACAUAAUAAUGCAAAUGCUGUGCAGACUCCUAAUGGACAGUAUGACGUGCGACAAGACAAUAGCAGAACUAGUAGUAAUGACAGUAGCCCACCUCCAAAUUUACACACUUUACGAAAUUUUCAACGAAAACGAUUAGGUGCACCACCUCCAAAGAGGAACGAAUCCGAAGGUACUAAAAAACUAACAGACUUUCAACGCUGGCAGAUGGAGCAGAACAGGGCAAGAGAGCAGAGACUAGACAGACAUCAUCAGUCUGUGCAGGAAGGGCACAGUCCACCAGGGGGUCAGUGGGGGGAGGGGGAUAGCACAGAUGGAGACAAGGAGAACCAGGAUGUGCAGGAUGACCUAGAGGAGAAGCAGCGUGAGAUCAUGGAGGAGAUUGAGAGAAAUAAACAAGAACUGGAAUCCAUGAGGAGAAAGAAGGAGAGGGAAGAAGAAGAGGCUAGGCGGGAAGUGGAGCUGGAGAGGAAGAGGGAGGCAGAGAGAGAAAGGAAGCUCAACAGGCAAAUGGAAGAAGAGAGAAAGAAGAGAAUGCAAGAAGAAGAAAGAGAAAGGAAGGAAGAAGAAAGACUUCAAAGAGAAGAAGAGAAAAUGAGAAGAAAUGCAGAGAACAGGCGUAGGCAACAACAACAACAGCAGCGGCGAGUUCCACCACCAAGAAAACGCACACCAUCACCUGUGGAGGAUGACUACCGUGUUCCAGAGAGCAAUGUAGACUUCUACAUUCAGGCCGCCAUUGACAGUGAGGCCCAGGGAGAACAGGGGCAGCUUGUUCCAUGUAAGAUCUGUGGUAGAAGGUUCAAUACUGACAGACUUGGUAAACAUCAGGCUGCUUGUAAGAAUGCCAACAAGAAGAGGAAAACGUUUGAUCCCACAAAGAUGCGGACAGAAGGGACUGAGAUGGCCAAGUAUGUCGGGAAGACCAAGACACCGAGGAAACAACCGAAAAAGAAAGACUGGCGUGCUCAACAUGAGAGUUUCAUUGAGACAAUCCGCUAUGCCAAGAAGGUCAGUGAGAUGGAAGCACAAGGCGUGAAACCACAGAAUCUACCUCCACCCCCUAAAACUGUUAACCCAGACUAUGUGCGUUGUCCAACGUGCAAUCGCAACUUUAACCCCAAUACGGCUGAGAGACAUAUACCCAACUGCCGCGCAAGACCUCGUCGAUAAGUCCAUUCUUUCAUUAAUCAGCACAUGUGCAAGUGAUUUUGUGUAUAUGGGACAGUAAAGAUUUCUGAGAUAUAUAUUUGCAUAUAGAGUGCCGAUAAUGUUGUUUCCUGAGUGCCAGUAAUACAUUCUGUGAUAAUGACGAGAUUGUUUAAAUUUGUACAAAGAAAAUACCAGUAUGUUUUUUUAUGCCUUAGAUGUCAUAAAUAAAAAUAGACCUUUCCUUGGAAUUUCCAUAAGGGGAGGUACAACUUUAAGAAAACCCUAUCAAAUACACAUUAAAAACUAAUACACAUAAAACAUAAGUUUCUAUGAAGUUCUUGCAAAUAUCUUUGUUGAAAUGGUAAAGAACUAGAACUGCUGUGAAUGUGUAUUUCCAUGAAUGACAUUAAUGUCUUAUCAGGUUACCAGUACCAGUACCACAAGACUAUUUAACAAUUGCAGUUUUAUAGUCACUUUCAUCAUCCUAUCCAGCUAACACUGGGAUGUUUGCAUUUGUUUCAGUUGAAUAGUUUGUAAUACUACAGGGUGCUUAUAAGUCGGUAUUUGUCCAUGCUGCUUGGCAACCAAUUUAAUAUUUGCAAUCUUUUUGAGGGAAGUAAUUUAUUAGAUAAACAUUUAUUGCACUAUGUUGUUAAUAUUCAUUACAAAAAGUAAUCAUUUACUACCAAGGUGUCGUGUUGUGAAUAGUCAAUGCCAUUUAGAAAGGUAAGAGGUUAUAUCUUGAAUUAUAUUUUCAUAGUAAAUUAUGGCAUCUUAUUUGGUGGAGUCCCACCCAGGAUUCAAUCCCAAACUCUCUAGUAGGGCAUCUAGUAACCAUCACACAAAGCGAGUAGAGUACUACUUGUCUGAGACAGUGUGUCUAACACUGAUGUUUACAAACAAAUGAUAUACCAUCAGAAAUAAGGCUUCUUUUUCUUUUUAUAGUUUACAACAAAACUAAAUGAAUAAGUGUGUUUAACUGCAUACUUAUAAGUAGCCAUAAAUAUACUUUACUCUUAAUGAUAACCUUUCUUUUCCUACCCUAAAUAUGUAUAAAAUUUUCUGAAAAUAUAACAUAUAAUUUUGAAACAUUUUAAAUUGAACAUUAUAAUGUUCACAUAGGAUAUCUGACAUUCAUCAUUAGUAGUGGUUACCUGGUAUGUAAAAUAGUGACAAAUCUUUUAGCGGAGUUCCUUCUCAUUGUUUAUCUGAACCUUUUGUUGUGAGACAUUGUCAGCUGUACAUACAUGACUGGGUAUUUAUUUAUCAGACAGGGUAAGGACAUAUG